AUGAUGCUUCUUGACAGCUGCUUUCUCAUUGAGUUGUUUCGCAAAUUUACCAUAACAAGUAUGAGAGAUAGAAAUGACCCACUCUUCAAAAUUGAUUGGAUACUUCCAACAUUAUGGCGUGACUCAUUGUUAUUUGAGAAUCAACUUCCAUUCUUUGUUCUUGUGGAGUUGUUCAAUAUGACCAAAGUUCUCGACCCUCAUGACAAUAUCACUGAUUUAGCCAUUCAAUACCAUCAUUGUGUCAGUCAAUAUGCAUCCCUAGGUCCUGUAAAGAUUUUAUACGCUUAUAAUGGAAUUUCAACUUGUGGUGUGAAACAUUUUCUUGGUCUGGUAUACCAAAUUACAUCUUUUUCACUCUCAAAAUCAGUACCUCUAACAAGUGUCGUCGGAGACAAGAUAAAGAAAUGGGAACACAUACAAUGUGCCACAGAGUUACAUGAAAUUGGGGUCAAGUUCAAGAAAUCUAACUGUGGUACGAUCUUUUAUAAUGUAAAAUUUAAAAAUGGGGUAUUAGAAAUCCCGACAUUAGUCAUACAUGAGAAGAUAGAAUAUCUUUUUAGAAAUGGAAUUGCAUACGAGCAACAUCAUCUCGAGGAGGACAUUGGCCUCAAAUAUACCACUGACUAUUUAACUUUCCUAUGUUGCCUCAUUAACUCGUCACAGGAUGUCUCCUUGCUUUGUCGCUAUGGAAUUCUCCAAAACAUGCUAGGUGGUGAUGAAGUGGUUGUGUCAAUUCUUAACAAGAUUUCUACUUGUGUCGUUGCACCUCGUGACAAUUUUUAUUACUCUCAAGUAUUUGACGACGUAAGCAGGUAUAGUAAGCAACGUCGGAACAUAUGGACUGCAAUGUUAAGGCAUAAUUAUUUCAACAGCCCAUGGGCAGUCAUCUCGUUUCUCGGAGCUAUUAUGUUGCUUCUACUCACUUUGACACAGACAGUGUUUUCCAUUCUUGCUUACUUCUGUAAUAGAGGUUGUUGA